AGCAGAGCUGCGCUUAACAGCAAUCACCGAUAGCAACGCACAACUGAGUUGAUUGCUUAUCGAUAACACAUUCACGCAAAAGAAGAAGCAGAUUGUUUUGAUGCAGCUAAUUUUUAAUUGAAUAAAUUUUGUGAUUAUUGCUGAAGCAUUUAUAAUGGAAACUUGAGCACAAAAAUGAUUUGCCGUCUGUGCUUGAACAGCGUCAGCGACACCAUUCAAAUAUUUGAGGGCGUCGGCCUAUCACUGAACAUAGCCACAGUGCUGGCGAAAUACUUUUGGUUUCAGCCGAAAAGCGAUGAUCCCAUAUCGACGGCCGUCUGUGGGGGCUGCUGGACGCGGGUCAGUGACUUUAACGAAUUCUAUGCGAGCGUGGAAAAGGCGCAUCGUCUCCUCACCGAACGUUUCUCCCUCAAAGGCGGCGAACCCCAGCAGGAGAAGCUCCAUGCAAGUAGCCAGAGUCUGUUGGUCGGUGAGGGCAAGAAGGAGGCGAUAGACAUGCAGGAGGACACUAAAGACUUCCUUUAUCAUGCUGAGGAUGAUGACUUGGAUCAGGAUCAGGAUCAGGACACGGCCGUCGACGAUUUGUAUGUCAGCGGCAACGAGAGCGAUACAGCUGCAUCGUUUAGCAAUGAGCAGUUCCUCACCGAUGUGCUUGCCCAGCAGGCACAAGCAAAUAGUGAUCCUGCUGCAGAAGAAGUGCCCACUGAACCGGAACCAGAGCAAACAGCUGCUGUGCUACAGCCAACUCCUGAAGCUGUUCAGGAGCGUCGUGAAACGCGCUCCACGCGUGCUAAGAGCAAAGCGCACCAGGUAAAUGAAUCGCCUCCAGCUGAAAAGAAAACACCAGCCAAGCGACGAGGCCGAUCAAAAACGGAGAAAGUCGUUGCCAGCGAUGCGGAGGAGUUGCCCAAGCACAAACGUUAUGUGGACUACAAGAAAUCCAUGCUGGAGAUUGAUGAGAAGAUCGCCCAACAUAUGCGCCUCACCUGCAGCGUUUGCCAUGCGGGACAGGAGACUUUCCGGAAGCUGUGCGAGCACAUGAUGCAGAUGCAUCAUCGCAAGGGGUAUGCGGUCUGCUGUAACAGGAAGUUCUACAAGCGCUCCUUUCUCACCGAUCACAUCGAUCGCCACUCAAAUCCCGAGAAAUUUAAAUGCGAUCUGUGCGACCGAACCUUUGCAGACAAGCAGUGCCUGCGCAAUCACGAGCUGCUCAAGCACCAGCCGGACGAGCAGAAGAAGUUCAUGUGCGAGCACUGUCCCAAGCGCUAUAUCAAGCAGUAUCUAUUGGAUCAGCAUCGCAUCAUACACAAGGAGCGCAAUGUGCCCUGCAACAUAUGCGACAGACGUUUUCCCAACGUUUCGAGACUGUGUACGCAUGUGAAAAUGGUGCAUGGCAAUUAUGGAACCAUGUGCGACAUUUGCGCUCAAGUUAUCCGAGGACCAGCUGCAUUUGAACGCCAUCAGCUGACGCACGCCGGGAUUACGGAGCCAAAGGUGCAGUGCGAGAUAUGCGGUUCGUGGCACAAGAACAAGACCAGUUUGAAGAAGCAUGUGCGUCGCCACAACGCCUCAUCGGAGGAGUGCAAGUGCAACAUCUGCGGCAAGGUGUCGCCCAAUCGCAGCGCCAUGCUCAGCCAUCAGAGCUAUGUGCACAAUACGGAUCGGGCGCAUGGCUGCAGUGUGUGCAACAAGAAAUUUAAGAAGGCCAUCAAUCUGAAGGAGCACAUGGCCACGCAUACAGGCGAGGUGCUCUACAAGUGUCCGCACUGUCCGAAGACCUUCAAUUCAAAUGCCAACAAGCAUUCGCAUCGUAAAAAGUGCCAUCCCAAGGAGUUCGAGGAGGCGCGCAAGGCACGUAUACAGAAGCGCAUGGGCGCCGAUGCGAUCGAGCAAUCGAGCAAAUCCCAAACUAGUCUAAUCACAAUCAUGUCGGGCGAAACGGAUAGCGAACUGGAAACGCACAAUAUACUGGUGACCACAACGACGACGACGUCGGCGACGGCAGCGGCGGAGGAGGCGGAGCACAGCGAUGAUGAUUUCAAGGGCGAGGACAUUGAGUUUAUGCUCGAACUCAGUCCACAGCCGGUCGAAUAGACAAUCUGUUUAAUAAUUAUGUGUUUGAAUAGUGUAUUUUUAUGUAUUAAGUGAAAUCCUUAGGCUAGCAUCAAGUAACAAAAUUAAAUAGACACAGAUCAGAUAAAAGUCAGGAAUGUUACACA